AUACAGUCCAACGGCAAAUAUCACUGCCUCAACUGAUUUCACAAAUGCUCAGAAUGUUUCUAUAAAUAUAUCUUUCAGUGAGCCCUGUACUGGUGGACGAGGUUUUCUUUUGGUCUACGGUGAUGGCAACGUUAUACCAAACUCGCUCAAAAUUCUACAGCCAAACCUCCAAUAUUCUGUCCUUGUGAAUUUAUCAUCCACUGCUCAGUAUGGGCGAGUGAUUUUGGUAAUGGAUAAAAAUUUUUGUCCUGACAGUGCAGGGAACAAAUUUGAAAGAAACAAGAAUUCUAAUUUCACUGUGCGUUUCGAUAGACGAACUAUGGUUGUCAACUUAACUACUCAUGUUCCCGAAAGGCAACUUGUACUUGACGACGUUAAUGGUGAAACUAGACUGGUGCUAGCAACUAAUAAUUGUGUUAAACUAAGGAUCUGUAUAACCUUUCUAGUGCCAGUUCUCAACUCAUCUGCAGAAAUUUUAAAAUCUCUUGAACCGGAAAUUUUAUAUUCUCUCCCAAUGAGUCAGGGCAAGCUUCUUCCUCUGAAUGUCAGUAAAGAUGAUCCUGGGCAUCGCAGAUUUAAAUUUAUGGUUGAUGGAUGUAUAUCUGGCAUGGCCAUAGUCACAGUAGGAAUUGAUGAAAACUCUAUAACAAGCAUACAUGGGACUCCAGUUUCCAAAGCUGAUCCUAUUACUUUCCUAUUUGAUUCUUUAAGGCCUGCUCCAAUGUUGAUUACACCACCUUCAGAUUCUCUGAUGCCUGUAAGUACACCUCCUUCAGAUUUUCUGGGGCCUAAUGAAAAUUUGACCACUCUGCUCCACAUGAGGACAAGAGAACACAACAUCCCUAUGUGGAUAGAAUUCAUGGAGCCUGUAUUUGGCUUCAACGAUGCUAAAAUAUCAAUCAAUGGAGGGUACAUAGAGAGCUUUAAAGAAGAAAGUAAAAAAAAAUAUGCUGUAGUGAUAAGAGCAUUCCAUGAUAUUGUAUCCGUCAAUGUUCCCGAAAAUGUAGCUCAGGAUGCUGCUGGAAACAAAAAUCUAGCUUCCAAAACUCUACUAGUAAGGCCAUAUUCUGUGCCCAAAAUAUCUACUGUAAUUUUAGUAUUUGCAACUACUUCAUUUGUGGCGACAUCUAUUGCUGCCGGGCUGCUUACGGCUUCAAUUGCAAGCCUUUCCUCUAUUGGGACAUUUUCUCCACCAUUUUCUUCUCUUCCUGAUCCUGCGAGUAAUCUUUUUAGAAUGGCAGGCCAUAUUCAGGUUUUUGCAUUAUCUACAUGGUUGGGAGUGACACUGCCAGUGGAGUAUUAUGAAUUAGCCAGGGGUUUGCACUGGAGCAUUCCCUACUUCAAUCUUCCAUGGGAAACUGGGCGCACUCACUCAAGUCCUCCUGCCAACUCACGUACCAGGUCUAAAAUUCAUGAUUCAGGAAUUUUCCUGGGUGUGCAGAAUAGGGCUAGGGCUAAGGCACCCAUGCGAUUAAAGGAAAAUGAAUAUUCAUUCUUUGAGAAUAGUGGACCAGACCCUGUUUCGGACGGGUGGGAGGAUUUUAGUAGAACCAUGUUUUGGUUAGCCAUAAUUGGUGGCAGUUUAAUACUACUGCAUGCUUUACUCCUUGCCAUCCUAAAAUUCAGGAAACCAAGGCAGAGGGGUUAUGGAGUACUCGCAUUCCCAAGAUUUGAAAUAUUCCUUGUUAAUCUUGCAGUGCCUAGUAUUUGUGAGGCCUUUGCUGCUCUAAUUAGAGGAGGAACGACAUCAGGGAUUGUAGUUGGCACUUUGAUUCUGGUUGCUGUGUCUUUUCUACUGUUGGACUUGCUCUGGUUCCUUUCUACCGGUAUUAAAUUUGCAAAGCGAGUUCUAAUCAAAGAAGAUAAUCAAGCAAUUCAAGUAGGACAGAGAAAUCCCAGAAUAGCCCAAGUAACUUUGGGUGCUGGUAAUGAAGGCCAGUGGACAUUGAACGGGAAACAGAACUCUGAUUGCCUAACCAUGUUAGUGCCUCUAUUCGAAGAUUUAAUAGGCCCCAUUGCCCCUGAUGUUGAAGCUGGAGAGGAUUCUGGCGGCACUGACUUGGCUCCAUCGAGUUUAGAACAAAGUAUGUCCCGUUCAACUAGGCCGAGUCAUAUUCCCUCCACAAGAUCAAGUACCGUAGCAACUCCGGUAGUCCCAUCGACGUCCAGCACAAGUGCGCAUACACAUGGUGAUUAUCAAAUCAUUGCCCCUGAUGACAAAACUGAAGAGGUAGAGAUUUCUGGGGGUAGUGUAUCUUCUAUCCAAAAUAUGUUUAUGCAACUCAGAAUAUACUACACAUUGAUUGAGUCUGUGAGACGCGUUAUGCUAGGGGCUCUGGGUGGUGCCUAUAAGAAUACCUGGUCUUCUACGAUUCCUGUUAUAAUCUUGUUAUGCAUCACUUCUUUGCAGCUCUUCUUCCUUGUUCUUGAGAAGCCAUUUAUUAAGAGAAGAGUUCAGUUGGUUGAGAUAAUCUCAGUUGCCAGUGAAGUAUGUGUAUUUGCUCUCACUUUGGUUCUCUUGGACACGAAAUUGUCAUCCAAGCAAGAGACUAUAGUUGGAGUGUCCAUGCUUGUACUUUUCUUGAUGGGAUUUUUACCACAGAUUGUGAUUGAAUUGUAUGCUCUGCGCAGACAGAUAAAGCAACUGGACACCACUAAUAAGCGUUUUCGAAUCGGUUUGAGGAUAGCUUCAUUUGGAAUUCUUCUUUUUUUCUUCUCACAAGAGUCUUUGAAUUACAACUUCCCAGAUUGUUUUGGGGAUAAAGAUCUUAAUGAGACUGGUGGUGAAGGGGGUGAAGAGUCCACUAAUGUCACUGGCGACCAAGGGGAUGAAGAUAGUAAUGUCACUGGUGACCAAGGGGAUGAAAAUAAUAAUGCAACUAAAAGGAACGGGAACUCUGGGAGAAGGAACAAGAACUCCAGUAACAGGAAUGAGAAUAGGAACUCGGAAAAUUCUGUGCCAGAAAAUCAUGGUUAAACCAACUGGUAAAGGCUGUUAGGAACUGUUUGGGGAUUGCCUGAGAUAAUUUGAAGAUGGCAGCCAGCAAUGUGACCCAUUAGAAUUGUGAUUUGAUUUAUUAGGUGUUAUCGUAGUUGCUUAAUUAGUUGUUAUUCAAUAAGCAUGCGUGUAAGGCUUUUGUAAAAGCCUAUGAACUUAAUAUUGGAUUAUCAGAA